ACGUAGCAAUGCGUACGUCACGUGGUCGACACUGCAGUUUGACACCAGCAGCAGCAGCCGCUGCAGCAGGACCACAGCACGCCCAUGAAACAUCUGAACUUCGAGACAGCUAACGUUAACGUGUGGAGAACAGGAAGAGGACCAUAAUGGAGGCAGCAUAUUCCCCGCUGGACCCAGAUCUAAUGAGGGAGGUCCUUGAAUGCCCCAUAUGCCUCGAGACCUACAACCAGGAUCAAAUGAGGCCCAAGCUCCUGCAGUGCGGUCACACAGUGUGCCGGCAGUGUCUGGAAAAGUUGUUGGCCAGUACUAUAAAUGGUGUGCGCUGCCCCUUCUGCAGCAAGGUGUCCCGCAUGAGCAGCAUCUCCCAACUGGCCGACAACCUCACUGUGCUCAAGAUACUGGAUUGCACCACGUCCUGCAGUGCCGCCGCCGCCGCCCUGAUGUGCAAGUCCUGCUGCAGCCGCCUGCCGCGACAGUACUGUCGCGACUGUGCCACGGUCCUGUGUGAGCUUUGCAAAGGCGAGGGCCACCUGCACCUGGGCCACUCAGUCCAGCCGAUCCGGAAGGCGGCUGAACAGCGCCGCAAAGAACUGGGUGGCAGGCUGGCUUCUCUGCGCGACGUCAUGGGCGAAAUUCAGAAGAAAAAGGCCGCUGCUGAAAACCUCUCAAAGACCUUGAGAAUCAAGUACCAGGCGGUGCAGCAGGACUACGCGUCGGCCGAGCAUCGUCUCCAAGAGGAGCUCGGCAGGUCCCGAAGGGCGUUCAAAGCGUCCAUGGCCGAAGUGGAAAAGCUGAACGGGCAGGUGCUGGAGGAGCAGACGUAUCUCCUCAACAUCGCAGAGGUCAAAGUCGUGUCACGUUGCGAUUAUCUGACGAUGCUGGUGAGGCAGAGCGACAUCGCGCUGCUCAAGGACGAUGACGAAGGCAGCGAUAACGAAGAGCUGGAUCUGAGGGGUGGCUUGCCCACCAUGUUUCAGCUACAGGAGCCGGGUCUCGUCCGAACGAAGCACUUGAAACCAAUAGAAGUCGGCCAAGUGACCACAAAUACUUAUACUGUCAACACAGAGGAUGAGGAGACUGGGUUGGAGAUCGCGCUUGAGGGCGAUGUAGAGGGUUUAGCCGGGGCCACGGCGCUUCAUAGUGGUGGAAGGGGGGCUCCAUUGGAUCUUUACCAAGACAUUAGCAUGUUUGCAGCGGGAGUGGAGGCGGCCUGUGGCUCACCAGGCAGCUUCAAGUCAAAGUCCCUGGAUGCAGGCGGGGGAUCACCUGGAGGAGCUGGGCCAGGUGCCGGGCCUCCAGCCUGCCAGUUCGUAAAGAAGAUGGGCACCAAGGGAUCGCUCCCUGGCAUGUUCAAUUUACCAGUGGGCGUCUGUGUGACGCAGCAUGGCGAGGUCCUGGUGGCCGACCGCGGCAACCACCGCAUCCAGAUCUUUAACCGCAAAGGCUUCCAGCGUGAAAUCCGCCGCAAUGCGAGCAGCAUCGACAACUUUGUCCUGAGCUUCCUUGGGGCGGAUCUGCCUAACCUCAUCCCCUUAUCCAUUGCCGUCACUCCUCAAGGUCUGAUCGGGGUCACCGACAACUUCGAUAACUCCGUCAAAGUCUACACCAUGGACGGACAGUGCGUGGCUUGCCAUAAAAACCAGCUCAUUAAACCCUGGGGCAUUGCUGCCAUGCCGUCGGGGCAGUUCGUGGUGUCCGACGUGGAAGGCGGCAAGCUGUGGUGUCUGACAGUGGACCGCAGUGUGGGCGUGCUCAGCUACAACCGGCUGUGCUCCGCCGUGAGGCCAAAGUUUGUGACGUGCGACGCGUCCGGAACAGUCUAUUUCACCCAGGGCCUGGCCCUGAACUUUGAGAAGCGCCACAACGAACCCCACCUGGAAGGCGGCUUCUCCAUCGGCUCGGUCGACACGGAUGGCAGGCUGGGCAGGCAGCUCAGCCAUUUCUUUUCGGAGAAAGAGGACUUCCGCUGCAUCACCGGCAUGUGUGUUGAUCUCAAUGGGGAUCUGCUGGUAACGGACAGUGGCAGGAAAGAAAUCCUCCAGUUUCCCAAAGAGGGUGGGUUCAAAAUCCUCAUCCAGGAAGGACUGAUGUGCCCAGUAGGAGUGGCCACCACCCAGAAAGGACAGCUGCUAGUGCUGGAUUGUUGGGACCAUUGUGUCAAAGUCUACACAUACAUUCAUAGGAGGCAUUCCUCCACUUCCUAGAGGAACUACCCAGUCUAUCUGCACAGGCAUGACCGGUUUAGUUGGUGUGUGUGUUGGUUUGAAAGGGUAGAUGUCACUUUAGUUUGGGUGUAGCGCAAACGUCUUACUUUCACUGAGUUGUGAAAUUAAUAUUUGAGGCAGUUUGUUUUAUUUUAAAACCUGCUGGACUUUUAAUUUGGGAGCUCAAAGUAAAAAUAUGCUCGUUAAGCUGCUUCCUGCUUAAUUAUUUGAUUGGAUCACAACACUGAGACCUUGCAACAUCUUUUACAUAAAAAAAAUACUGGCACAAGACAAAUUAACAUAAAGAAGAAGCAAGAAAGAAUUUCAAAUCGUAAAGAUGAGUUUCCUUCCUCUGGUAUGUUGCUCUAUCCGCUAUUCACUGAUUUGGCUCUGCUGUGCAAAAGAAAUGAAUGAGGAAGAGGAGAAUUUACACAUAAUUCAUACCUGCAAACUUGUUGCUUUUUGGCAAAAUUCGCCGCUUUGCAACAGAAGUCAUCCACGUGAAUCGGGUAGAUCCAAAGAAUUGAAAAUGAAUGAAAUGAAUCGUGCCAAGCGGCAGCUUCCAUUACAUUACCUUUAUGCUUCCCACUCUCCAUUGUCUUUUUCACAAUGAGUUUGCAGGUAUGGUGUUUACAUAUGAAACAAAGCAUACCAAGGCUUUCGGCCUGUGACGCACUUUAUUAUUGACACAGCACUGUUUGCUAGAGCUUUAAUUAAGAGCACAGGCUAACAUUGAUGUGGCUGAAUGCACCUUUACGGUUAACUGUGUAGUUAACCAAGGGGAAAAGAGUAACCAAUUAUCAGCAUUCAAUGAAUUACAUUCAGGGACAUUUAAGUUACCUCCAGGAUAAAGGGUUGACCAAUAAAAUAGACCUUGGAGGAGAGCUGGGUGAUACACUGCAGAGGAGAUCUGUAAUUCUGUAAAUUGCUGUGAGUCCAAGCCUUUAGGAGAUGAUGGACUCGGAAUUGGGGUUGCUGUUGUUUUUUGUUUUUUUUGUCUCAACACCGAGCAGAAUGUGAGCUUAGAGGACAUUUUCAAAGCAAAUAUUACUGAAAUCUAUUCGUUUAUAUUCCUUAAUUCAACCUUUUUCUGAGGACUUCCCAUCCACAGCCUCACGAGGAGUCGGGUGGAUGUAAGCAUCUGCAAGGCAACGUUAUCGUCCUCUUUGGCUCCUCACUCUUCUUCUACUCACUAUAUCUCCUUCUGCAGGCCUUUCAUUUUAUAUUUUGCUCAUAAACAAGUUCUUCCUACUUUUUGGACAGAGCUGUGUCCAUAAUGAUGAGAGAAACAAUGGUUCCUUGUUACUUUUAUAACGAUAGAAGGGGCUCACAAUUUUAAAAUAGUUAAUAAUGGUUAUCAAAAAGUUAUUUUGAAGCCCUAUGGGAUUACCUUGAGCUACUCCAGACAAUCAUGUAUAAACGAAUACUGCCAGUAUAGCUGACACUAAAUAGUGCAAUUAAAUAGAUUUAUAUAUAUAUGCAUGCAUUUGAUUCAUCAUUUUUUAUCAGAUGACCCGUUAGAUGGUGAUGAUUUCACUAAAUGGCUAAAAUAACUAGAAAGACACCUUUUAAUGCACUUUGUGGCCUAAAUAUUGGGACACUAGUUAAUCACUUAAACUCGCCUAUAUUUGUGACGUAUUCCAUGGCCAUAAAGUUGUGAAUAGUAAAUAUGCCUCCCUUACUUUACCAGUCACAUACUUUCAGUUUCAGCCUUAAAAAUAGAUGGUUUCCCACAGCCGACCUUAGUUCUAUUAAACAGUGAGAAUCAAACUGUAUUGUAAACAAUAAGUGUUUUAAAUAUUUCCAAAAAGUAUCAGGUGAAGUCUUGUCAUUUGUUUUAUUGUUAGGCAAUGUUAUAUCUCAAUGCUAAACUAUUAGAUUGUCAUUCCAGACUAGCUGCAUGUCAACCUGGCAAUAGAAUUUUUAUUUCAAAGCUUCCACUUUUUACUGUCACUACAAGUAGUUCUCACUAGAGAAUAUUCAACAUUCAACUGAGAGAAAUAAUAGAAUUAUAGAAGAAUUAAGUGUCCUUGUAUCUGUGGGCAAAACAUCACUGUGUCACAUAAUCUCUUUAUGUCAAUGAAGAGAAGUUAUUUGAUUUCAUUGUGAUUACAUUUUCAUUUCUAUCAUCGGCUUGUAAUACCACAUUAUGUUCGUGAACCAAACUGUUCAGGGUGUUUUGCCCUUUGGAGGCUUUGAAUUGUACAACGUGUUGAACACACUACAGACAUCUUUGUGUAGUCAAGUACAUGUUUGUAUUUACCCCAGUGCAAUAAACAUUUACAAAAACACCAAAAGAUAGCUAGAUUUUUUUUUUUCAUAUUCUAAGAUUUGUGUUUUCAUCCCUCAAACAUGUGUACUCAUUUAAUUCAGUGUGACGGUAAUAAAAGAACCUUCCGUCACCA